AUGAUUCACCCCACGUUCCCAAUCUCAAAAGCCCCAAUUCUCACAACGACGUCUACGAACCACCAAAAUAACACCCCCCCGCCCCCAGAUAACCCGCCCAACAUGACUCCCAGUCUCCAGCAAGCCAAGAUCUCCUUCAUUGGCGGCGGCAACAUGGCCGCCGCCAUCAUCGGCGGUCUCCUCGCCAAGGACAUUCCCAAGCAGAACAUCUAUGUGUCUGAGCCGUGGGAGGUCAACCGCGAGAAGAUGGCUGCGCAGGGCGUGCGCACGACGACGUCCAACCUCGAGGCGUCCAAGGAUGCCGAUAUCGUCAUCCUCGCCAUCAAGCCGCAGGUCUGCAAGACCGUGUGCGAGGAGCUCGGAGCCGGGUGGAAGGGAUCGCAGAAGCUGCCCCUCGUCAUCUCCAUCACGGCCGGCAACAAGGUCGCCAGCAUCGCCGAGUGGUUCAAGCAGAGCGGCGGCAGCGCGCCCUACAUCGUCCGCGUCAUGCCCAACACCCCUGCGCUGGUGGGAGAGGGCGCCUCCGGCAUCUACGCCAGCGAGGACGUGACCGAGGAUGAGAGGAAACUGACCACGGCGCUGUUGGGCAGCGUGAGCAAGGCCACCGAGUGGGUCGACAAGGAGGAGCUGUUGGACGUCGUCACUGGACUGUCUGGAUCCGGCCCUGCUUACUUCUUCGCUUUCGUGGAGCACCUCAUUGCUAGCGCCACGAAGCUCGGCCUUUCAGAGGAGCAGGCCACCCGCCUGGCGAAGCAGACCUGCUUCGGUGCCGGCAAGAUGCUCGUCGAGUCAUCUGAGGAGCCCUCGCAGCUGCGCAAGAACGUCACCAGCCCCAACGGCACGACGCAUGCCGCUCUUGUGAGCUUCGAGAAGGCUGGCCUGAAGGAGAUUGUGGACGGCGCUGUCAAGGCGGCGACGGACCGCUCUGAGGAGCUUGGCAAGCAGUAG